AUGAAGGCAUACUGGUUCGAUGACCUCCCCGGCGACCAACGCCAACCCCAUGAUUCCGGUCGCUCGGUCGAUCCAGACUACCUAGAAAAGCUUGGUGUCCUCUACUAUAGUGUACCAGAAGUUCCUGAUGUUGAACCCAUUGCUACAUCCCGCAACUACAAGAACCGGGACGAAAUCACUGUCAGCCCAGAGAAGAUGGGCGACAUCUACGAAGAGAAGGUGAAGUCGUUCUUCCACGAGCACUUACAUGAGGACGAGGAAAUCCGAUAUAUUCUUGACGGUGCGGGUUACUUCGAUGUCAGAAGCGAAGGCGAUGACUGGGUGAGGAUUCGGCUCGAGAAGGGCGAUUUGAUUGUUUUGCCGCCUGGAAUUUACCAUCGGUUCACCACUGAUGAGCAGAACUACAUCAAGGCCAUGCGACUGUUCAAAGAGGACCCAAAGUGGACGCCACUCAACCGGGGUGGCGAGACAGAUGACAACCCAUACAGGAAGCAGUAUCUGACAGAGUAUCUGAAGGCUAGACAGGGCGUCUCGGCUUAG